GGCUGAAUCAAGUUGGGAGCUGCUGUGUCUCUGUCUGGCCGACCAAUGCAGUGCGUAGGGACGGCCGCCCAGCCCGACGAAAACAUGAAUGGAGCGGGGGAGCAGGUGGACAUCCUGCCCCCAAACUGCUUGGUAAAGGACCGAUGGAAAGUGCUGAAGAAAAUUGGUGGGGGAGGUUUCGGGGAGAUCUACGAGGCGUUGGACCUGCUGACCAGGGAGAAUGUGGCUCUCAAGGUAGAGUCAGCCCAGCAGCCUAAACAGGUCCUCAAAAUGGAGGUGGCUGUCCUCAAAAAACUGCAAGGAAAAAAUCAUGUCUGUAAAUUCAUUGGAUGUGGAAGGAACGAGAAGUUUAACUAUGUGGUCAUGCAACUUCAGGGGAGAAACCUAGCGGACCUGAGGAGGAGUCAACCCCGUGGCACCUUCACCAUGAGCACCACGCUACGCCUGGGCAAACAGAUCCUGGAGUCCAUAGAAGCAAUCCACUCUGUGGGCUUCCUGCACAGAGACAUCAAGCCUUCAAACUUUGCCAUGGGUCGACUCCCCUCCACCUAUAGAAAGUGCUUUAUGUUAGACUUUGGCCUGGCUCGCCAGUACACCAACACUACCGGAGAGGUCCGACCACCCAGAACUGUGGCGGGAUUUCGGGGCACUGUUCGUUAUGCUUCAGUAAAUGCUCAUAAAAACAAAGAAAUGGGUCGCCAUGACGAUCUAUGGUCGCUAUUUUACAUGUUGGUGGAAUUUGCAGUCGGUCAGCUACCAUGGCGAAAAAUAAAAGAUAAGGAGCAAGUGGGUCAGAUUAAGGAGCGCUACGACCACAGAAUGCUGCUCAAACACAUGCCUUCUGAGUUUCAUGUUUUCCUGGAUCAUGUUUUAGGCCUUGACUACUUUACCAAACCAGAUUACCAGUUGCUGAUGUCGGUCUUUGAGAACAGUAUGAAGGAACGCAUCAUCACAGAGAACGAGUCUUUUGAUUGGGAGAAGGGAGGGACGGAUGGAGUGCCUCUGUCCACCUGCACGUCAACGCCCCCUCAACAGAACACACGACAGACCCCCGCUGUGGUCGGGGUGGUGAACGUGACUCUGAUUCCUGGGGAGCUGCCGAGGGAGAACACAGAUGACGUUCUACAAGAUGAGCACCUGAGUGACCAGGAGAAUGCUCCACCUGCAGUACCUAGCAGGCCUUGCGAGGGGACACGACCCCAGGCGGAAGGCGAGGCGUGGAACGACACCGACUUCAACCGCAACCAACUCAGGAUCAGCAUCAGCAAGGGACAGUUGGCUGCAGAGGAGGAGCCUGCUAGAGGGGUGUGUCCCGAGGCCCCUGUGGGUGGAGCUCCCCCAGAAAUGACUGGUGCUCAGGUCUGCGCUCUGCGGUACCGGAGGAUCAACAGCCCAGAGUCAGACCGUCUGUCCGCUGCAGAUGGGAGACCAGACGUCUAUGAUAAACGAGGGUCUCGUAUGGACAUCCUGGGAUCCCCGUCCCGCUACGUGCACUCCUCCCAGCCGGCCCAGAUGCACUCCCUGGAGGGAGGAGGUGGGGACCGGCAGGGUGGCGGUGGGAGACCAGGCCAGGAGGUCUCCGUUGCCUCCGCGGCUGACCCCGAGGCCCACAGUAACGCCUUCAUCCGGUCUGUACCACUCGCCGAGGAGGAAGACUUUGACAGCAAGGAGUGGGUGAUCAUUGACAAGGAGACUGAGCUCCAGGACUUCCUGGGUCUCCUGGGCCCGGGUGCCGAGCCCACCACCUCGGGGCCCACCACCGAUGAGGAGCCCGAGGAGCUGAAGCCCCUGGAUGAACUGGAGGAACGGAGGAGGUUACGGGGAGCUGUAGGUGGAGAGGUGGUGGUGAGGCCUAAGAUGCGAGCAGGAGGCAUAGUGGCACUUCCGGAAGGGGAGGGGUCUAAUGGGGCUAGUCCUGGACACUCGGGUUAUCACACUCUGCCUCAUAGCCGUGGACAAAGACCACGGCCGCAGUCGGAGCACUUUGGAGCUCAAGGACAGUUGGAGGAGGACAGGCCCCACCCCCACCACUCUUUCCCGAGGCCCAACCAAUUGAGGAGAUUGGCGUCGUACGUGUUCUCGUCCUCUACCCUGGAGACGGAGCAGUAUCCCCAUGGUAAUUCGGAAGCUGGGGCGUUGAUCCAGAGAAGCCGCUCAGCCGAGAGCAGCCCCGCCCGUCUCCCCUCGCGCCGCCACAUACCCCUGGCCCAGGAGCAGAUCAACACAUACCAGGUUGGCAGUGUGGAGGACCAGAGAGAGAGACCUGACCUUACCAUGCUGGCCCAGCAUCGCAUACAUCGGGUGGACUUCCUCUCUGCCAUGCUCACCGCCACCCUUCCGCCUCUCCAAACCUCUUUUGAGGUUGGUUCCGUAUCCCUUGUUGAGCAGGAUCGUGAUGGGGAUAUGAAUGGGGCCGGGGUUGGGUCCAGCGGUGUCGGGAGCCCCAAAAGCAGCGAGCACAGCCAGGAGGGUGAUGAUGGAGCGCCCUCUACUCUCCUUGCAGACGAGCCUCCUCUGGACUACCCUCACCGGGUCUCUACGGGAGUGGGGUUGGGGGGUGAUCCGGACCUGGAGCUGGAGGAAGGCUCCAAGACCCUGGUGCUCUUCUCCCCUGGAGACAUGAGGAAGUCCCUUGCCGUGGUGGGCGAUCUGCCCCCGGACAAUACCGGGAGCCACCAGGGGACCCUGGCUGCCGUCACACCCCAGUGCGAGAGAGCCCUGGGAGCUCUGGGAAGCCUGCUGGACGUGUCUGAGCCAGGUACUCUGUCCUCCCAGCUGAAGUCCGAGCCCAAAUCGUCUUUGACAGCCGUCACUGCCAUCCUGGUCAAUAUGGCGUCCAAUGUGGUUGCUCCCACUAGCACCUCCCCUCCUUUCACCAAAGUGGAGCGUACAUUUCUCCACAUUGCCGAGACCACCCACCAUAAUGUGAUGAGCUCCUCGGGGGCCCUGCAACCCAGGCUGCUGCUCCCCGGGCUGGUUGAGGAGCCCACAGCUGAACAAGAGUACUGCUUGGAGGGAGAUAAAGAGGAGGAUGUCUCCGAUGGAGAGAAAGAGAAAGGUAGGGAGAGCAGAUCCGAUGGGGACCUUUCAGAAAACGAUGUUGAGAAGGGGACGGAGAGGGAGUCUGAAAGUGAGGUCCCAAAGACAUACAACGUACACAGGAGGGAGAGUGGAUCAGAAGGUGACGUCUAUGAGAAAGUCGAGGAAGGGGACGAAGAGAGCAGGCUUGAGGAGAACAUUCCAGAGAGCGACGAGGAGGAUGAGAAAGAUGAGGAUGAGGAGAAGAGAGAUGGUAGGUCCAAGGGGGAAGUUCCAGAGAGAGAAACCCCAGGUUCCCCAGAUGGCGACAUGGCUAAGGAGGAGGAGGAAGAAGAUGUUGCAAACAAAGAGGUUGACGAGUUAAUCUCUCCAGAAAAAGAGAAGGAAGAAGAGACGGAACUUGGGGCGGAGGCUCCGCCAGAGAUACAGUCAAACCUCUCCUCUCCCAUUCUCUGUCCCUCCGAAGAACCUGAAGCCCAGGAUGUCCUGGUCGUUUCCACAGAAACCAAGUUAUACUCUGAACAAGAGGAUACCCCUAUUGCUGUUUCCCCUGAGAAGGCACCUGCCCAAGACGUGACAUUGGCAGAGAUGGAGAACCAGGUCCAGCUCAAACAAAACAUUGAGGCUUCUCCACAAGAAGAUCCUAAGGACUCUGGUGAUCCAGAAACAUUGGCAGUGCACCAGGUGGAGAGCAAAGAAGUGGCAGAGACUAGCAAACAAACCAGGCCUCGGAAACUGAGCCGAAUCCCGGUUCUCUCCCGGUCUGAGGAGGACACUGGCUCAGACCAGGACCAGUCGGCGGCGUCCCAGUCACUCAAGACUCGUCAGAAGGCCAAGCAACCUCACCUAGCCCGGCUGGUCAUGGAAAGGACACAAGGUCGUAUGCUAAGACUGGCUUCUGUUUCCUCAGCUUCGUCUGCGGAUGAUGGCUGUAAAGCAGCAGCAGAGACUCAGUCGGAGGAAGACACCCAUGAUGAGGACGACUCUCUGCCCAGGAAGGAGAGGGGUGUUGGCUGGGAAAGGGAGAGGCGUGGGGGGCGUCAAAGAAGCAGGAUACCCCGUCCCGUCACACCUGUUAAGCUGCAGGGUCCCUCUGUUACAGCAUCUGAUGCCAUCUCCCAAACUGGCACCAAUUCUAGUGUCCACAAGCCACAACUUUCAACUGUAUAUACUAGGCAUCAAUCUCACAAACCCAGGACCCCAAGCAUGAAUGUUCCACUGCACCAGAGAUCCCAGACUCUGCAAUCCCGACAUGGACCCGGGGCUGACUCCUCCCUAUUCUCCACCUCCCGAACCCCCCUGCGUGGGGUCAUCUUCCGAGCCCCUCACUCUGCAUUCCCCUCCCCCCGUAGCCUCAGCACCUCCCCCCGCAGCUACUCCACCUCCCGGACCGACAGCCCCUCCCCUCAGCGCCCACGACGGGGGGCUGCAGUCACAGAGGUCCGUAGGCAGCUCAUAUCUGUGCGGGCGCAGACUGCACUUCCGCUAAAACCCAGACCGCCUCAGACCGAGGACUCCUCUGCCACUGGGAUGCCCAGAAGGCGAGGCAAAUUUUACCCAUCGUCAUCUACAUCCACACCCACUAAGGGGAAGUUAGAUGCUUCUGAGAGCAAGACAGCCACCAGAUAA